GAACUGAGAGUAAGUGAGACGACAGCCCCGGGUUGGCGGUUUCCCCUGCGGAACGCGAAGGACCCGGACGUGGGUCGGAAUUCCCUGCAGAGCUACGAGCUGAGCGGCGACGAGCACUUCUCGCUGGCCGUGCAGGCGGGCCCCGGCGGGGAGCAGCGUCCCGAGCUGGUGCUGGCGAAGGCGCUGGACCGGGAGGAGGCGGCGUUUCACGAGCUGGUGCUGAGGGCGAGCGACGGCGGAGAGCCGCGGCGGACGGGCACGGCGCGCAUCCGCGUGUCGGUGCUGGACGCCAACGACAACGCGCCCGCGUUCAGCCAGGCAGAGUACACGGUGCGUGUGGCGGAGGACGUGCCCGUGGGCUCCGUCCUCGUCACUGUGACGGCCACCGACGCCGACGAGGGGAUCAACGGGGACGUCAAGUAUUCGCUGAAGAAAAUCUCAGAGAAAGCCUCGAACAUUUUCCAGUUGGCCACAGAGACGGGAGCGAUCACCUUAGUGAGAAGCCUGGACUUCGAGCGUGGCGACUCCUACGAACUGGAGGUGCAGGCACGGGAUGGCGGCGGACUUUCCGACACGGCGAAAGUGGAGAUCACUGUGACAGACGUCAACGACAACAUGCCUCUGAUUUCGGUUCGUUCGGCGCUUGGCGAAAUCUCUGAGGACGCUCCACCGGGGACGGUGGUGGCCCUGCUGCACGUCCAGGACCCGGACUCCGGACUCAACGGGCAGGUGCGUUGCAGCGUCGCCGAGAGCCUCCCGUUCCGUCUGGAGAAGAGCUUUGAGGACUACUACCGCGUGGUGACGGCGCGGGAGCUGGACCGCGAGGAGGUGUCGGAGUACAACGUGACGGUGCGGGCGUCGGACGGCGGGUCGCCGCCGCUGCGGAGCAGCGCGGUGCUGGCGCUGCGGGUGCUGGACGUGAACGACAACGCGCCGGUGUUCGCGGAGGCGCGGUACAGCGCGCGGGUGCCCGAGAACAACGCGGCGGGCGCGCUGCUGCUGAGGGUGCGGGCGCGGGACGCGGACUGGGGCGCGAACGCGCGCGUGCGGUACCGGCUGUGGGAGGGGCGGGUGCGGGGCGCGCCGCUGUCGUCGUACGUGUCGGUGCAGGCGGAGACGGGCGCGCUGUACGCGCUGCGCUCCUUCGACUACGAGGAGGUGCGCGAGGUGGGGCUGUGGGUGGGGGCGGAGGACGGCGGCGCGCCGGCGCUGAGCAGCAACGUGUCGGUGCGGCUGGAGAUCGUGGACGAGAACGACAACGCGCCGCAGGUGCUGUACCCGCCGCCGGCGCCAGCGGGCUCGGGCUCGGGCUCGGGCUGGGGCUCGGUGUCGGGGUGGUGGUCGGGCGUGGAGCUGUGGCCGCGGUCGGCGGAGCCCGGGUCGCUGGUGGCCAAGGUGGUGGCGGUGGACGCGGACGCGGGUCAGAACGCGUGGCUGUCGUACGAGCUGGCCAAGGCGACGGAGCCGGGUCUGUUCCGCGUGGGGCUGCACGGCGGCGAGGUGCGGACGGCGCGGUUGCCGCUGGCCCGCGACGCGGCGCGGCAGAGCCUGGUGGUGGUGGUGAAGGACCACGGGCGGCCGGCGCUGUCGGCCACGGCCACGCUGAGGGUGGUGCUGGGCGAGAGCGUGGCCGAGCUGCUGUCGGAGCUGGGCAGCGCGGCGGCGGCGGCGCCGGGCGAGCCGGGCGGCAGCCUGACGCGCUGGCUGGUGCUGGCCGUGGCGGCCGUCUCCUGCCUCUUCCUCGCCUUCCUGCUGCUGCUGCUGGCGCUGCGCCUGCGCCGCUGGCGCCGCUCGCAGCUGCCGGCGGCGGGCAGCGGCGCCUUGCGCGGCGUCCCGGCCUCGCACUUCGUGGGCAUCGACGGCGUCCGCGCCUUCCUGCGCUCCUACUCGCACGAGGUCUCGCUCACCGCCGACUCGCGCAAGAGCCAGCUGCGCUUCUCGGGCGGCAGCUGCUGCGACACCCUGCCGGCCCGCCCGCCGCCCGACGAGCCCGCGCCGCCGCUGCUCCCCGAGGACGCUGACGGCGCCCGCCGCGACGACCCCGCCGCUCCCCCGGUGAGUUGUCUGCAAGUGCCUAUUGAUCCGCGGAGGUGA